GACGCACCUUUUCCUGUUUCCUCUCACACUGAAAUUCGUUCUUCAAGACGGAAUAACUGGGAGACCCGGUGAUGUAAACGGUGAUGUAAAAUUAAGCAGGGAAGCCUCGCUCCCAUGAGCUCUUUGCGGCAAUGAGUGUCGAGCAGCUAGUCGACUGAAGCAAAAUUAAAAUGCGGUGGAUGCCAUUUUCACGUUUGUGUAGAAGUAAGAGGGGGGGAAUUAGCCAUCCGGUUCACACUUCAGAUUAUGGGGAAAAUAAAAAUGUUAGGGAAAAGCGCUGCGUGAACGCAUUCCAGGUUGCGGCCAGAGCGCGCGCGCAUCGUCAGCGCACGUUGGCGAGCCCAUCUCUCAGUCCUGAGUGUGGAAUAGAUUGUGACACCCCUCCGUGUCCUAUAUUCUAAUCGUCCUACAGAGGUCUUCCCCAACUGCAUCUAUCAUAAUAUCUCCGACUCUUAGGUAGUGCAGGUCGAGGCUGGGCUGUGCGGUUUUCAUAAGGUCCCUAAGAUUCAAAGGAGAGCUGCGUGGACGCGUAGGGCAUAGGGAAAGGUCUGGCAUGAGGUUGAAGCGUCUACAUUUGUUGUCAUUCAACCUGCUUACGCAGCGACGGCGGUGAAUCGGUCCGGGGUUUUCCUCUGUUUUAGUUGGAAGUGACUUUCCGCCUCGAAUUCUUCAUUACAGCGGAAUUGGCCCCCUUCGCCCGAUAUUGGCUUUUCAGCGGCACUCUUCAGGAAAGCAGCAUGAAGGACGGAAUGGCCAAUAACAACACGACCAGCAUCUCACAGGCCAGGAAAGCCGUGGAGCAGCUGAAGAUGGAGGCCUGCAUGGACAGAAUAAAGGUGUCGAAGGCGGCGGCCGACCUGAUGGCGUACUGCGACGCCCACAUACGGGAGGACCCCCUCAUCGUGCCCGUGCCCGCGUCCGAGAACCCCUUCCGGGAGAAAAAGCUCUUCUGCACCAUCCUCUGAGGAGCUGCCCCCCCCCCCCCACCCCACCCUGGC